CCUGUCAAUUCUGAUACCGUGUUUCCUAUCUGUUACAGAGAAGGCCUAUGCAGGCAUGGAGCCCCUAGCAGUGGAUGAUGACAUCUGUAUCCUCAAACAUGAGACAGCUUAUACUGCUGCUGGUGAGAGCCCUGUAUCGGUGUGUGCUGGUGACGAAUCUGUUGCUUCCCACUUCGCCUUGGUCACAGCGUAUGAGGACAUCAAGAAGAGGCUGAGAGACACAGAACGAGAGAAUACCUUGCUUAGGAAAAGGGUUAAGCAGCUGGAGGAUAAGCACUUCAGGCCGGAUGCACCUCCAUCAGAGGGUCCCCAGUAUGUGAACAAGGCCUUCAGUGCGUACCGAGGUAUCUAUAUAGAGAAGGAGGAUCUGCAGAUGGAGCUUAACAAACUGAAAAAGGAGAAGAGUGAGAGUGAGAGGUUGCUGACGGAGCAGCUCCAGGCCAAAGAGCUGGAGCUACUUCAGCUGAGGACGGAAAUGGAGACCAGCCAAGUGAUGAAGAGCCUGAACAGCCCUCAGGACUACUGGCAGGUGGACAGGGUUAGCACUGAGCUAAAGAUCCUCAAACUACAGGAGGAGCUGGACAAGGUGAUGCUGGAAAAUAGCAGACUACUGGAGAAAAGUGGGGAGGAACCCUGUGGCCUUAAUGGACCAGACUUGGACCAGACCUGUGAUGCAAAGUAUAAUGCAAGCGAGAGGAGCAUGCAGCAGAUGUACCAGGCUCUGCUUUGUGAGGUCACUCGUCUCCAUUCAGAGCUGAAACACCAAAAAGGCCUGAUCAGGAAACUCGGGCCACUGAUCAGUGAGACAAGGCAAGUUCCAAUUCAAUGUUUGGAUGACGUGGUAAAGAACAACCGCCCAGUUCCUCAGGAGUCAGUGUCUCGUCCCCCCAGUGCGCCCCCACUCCCAUCAUGCUCCGGCCGCCCGUGUCCCCCAGUCGGCAGCCCAUCGGGUACCCUGCUGCCGGACAGUCUGAAAGAGGACUGCUGGUACAAUGGGCCCUGGCCAUCCCAGAGCUGUUCAGGAGAGGGUGGGGGUGGGGGCGACUCCUGA